GCCCUCAACUACACAGCCCUUGUAGUAUAAAAUGACAUGCAACAAUACCCAUUUCUCUCACAGACUACAACACAUACCUACUCUUCAAUCACCAUGGAAUUCUCUAAGCCUUUUCUCUGUGUUUUCAUUCUUCAAGUUCUCCUCUUCUCCCAUGCACCAACCCAAGCCGCCCCAACGACCCUCUUUCGAGAGUACAUAGGAGCCAACUUUCAAAAUGUCAAAUUUUCUGAUGUCCCCAUAAACAUAAACGUUGAAUUCCAUUUCAUUCUCUCCUUUGCAAUAGAUUAUACCACCUCAUCAUCUCCUUCUCCCACUAAUGGAAAAUUCAAUGUCUUCUGGGACUCGGAAAAUCUUAGUCCCUCCGAGGUUUCUUCCAUCAAAAGUAAGCAUUCAAAUGUCAAAGUAGCAUUGAGCUUAGGAGGGGCCACGGCGGGAGGUGUCGAAGUCCUCUUCAACCCUUCCUCAGUAGAUUCAUGGGUUUCCAAUGCUGUUUCUUCUCUCACGCAUAUCAUCAAACAGUAUAACUUGGAUGGAAUUGAUAUCGACUACGAGCAAUUCGGUGCUACUCCUGAAAUCUUUGCCGAUUGUAUUGGGCAGCUUAUAACAAUUCUCAAAAAAGAGGGGGUCAUCUCUUUUGCUUCCAUAGCUCCAUUCGAUAAUGAUCAAGUUCAGGCCCAUUAUUUGGCUCUGUGGAGUAGCUAUGGUCACCUCAUAGACUAUGUCAAUUUUCAAUUCUACGCAUACGAUCAGGGGACAACUGUAGAUCAAUUCAUUAGUUUCUUCGAGACCCAGAGUAGAAAUUACAAGGGUGGUAAGGUCCUAGUAAGCUUUACAAGUGAGGGAAAUGGCGGAUUAUCACCAGAAAAUGGCUUCUUUAUUGCCUGCAAUAGACUGAAGCAGCAGCAACAACUUCAUGGUAUCUUUGUUUGGUCUGCAGAUGACUCUAAGGCCGGAGGAUUCAGCCAUGAGAAACAAUCUCAAGCAUUGUUAGGAGGAUCACCCUAG